CCGAGAUCUGUUAUGUUCUCCUUCAUGUUCCUUCCUUGCCCUCAUCUUCACUGACGUCCAAACUCUCUGGUGCAGCUUUCCUCACGUCUGUUUCUACACCCCUUGGCUAAAGGACACCCCCUGCCCCACUCAUUGGGCAGCCCAGACUCACCACUGAAUCCCUUCAACUGGUGCCUGGUCCAGCAGAGAACGGUUCAACAUGCCUGAGCCCACAAAGAAAGAUGAUGGCCAACCUGAAGAGAAUGUUGCCCCAGACUCUGGUGACGCCCCAUCUGAGAAUUCGGUUGUGGUGACACCGAAAGAGGCUAAAGUGGCAUCCAAAGACACAGAGGCCAGAGUGAAAAUCACAGAACCAGAGGCAGCCGUGCCCAUACCUGCUGCCAAGGCCCCUCAGCCACAACCUGUAGUAAUUGUGGUGACUGAGAUAGAGCCAGUAGAGGGUGAGGUCACAGACCCACAGCCUGUAGAAAACGGCCACAAUGAACCAGAGCCAACACAGGCUAAGAAGCGUGUCGAGGGGACUGAGGUAAAAGAAGAGCAGCCCGGCACUUCAAAAGCUCCUGCACCUUCAAUGAAGAAGUCUGAUGAGACAAUAGCUGCCACUAAAAAAGAUAAAGAUGGUGAUGUCACCGCCAGCACCCCAUCACCUCCACCUCCAGCAGAGGACGGCAGCACUCCCAAGAAACUUUCUAUUGACCUUCCUUAUGAUAGCGACCCUGAGUCAACCAGGGGGAGGAAAGACUCAGUGUGGUCUCUGGGGGACGGACAGCCUUCCGAGGAGAUCGAAAAACAAAAUGACACUCCGCCACUCUCGACUCUGUUGAUUGAACGGCCACAGAGUGGUUCCAUCAAUGUAGGUGGAGACAUCACCUUCGUUGCUAAGGUGGAGGCCAAAGACUUGCUUCGUAAACCAACCAUUAAGUGGUUCAAAGGAAAGUGGAUGGAUCUGGCUAGCAAGACGGGGAAGCAUCUGCAGCUUAAAGAAUCGUUUGAUCGCUUUACCAAGAUUCACACCUUUGAGAUGCACAUUAUUAAGGCAAAGGAGAACUAUGCAGGGAAUUACAGAUGUGAGGUCACCUACAAAGACAAAUUUGAUAGCUGCUCUUUUGACCUGGAGGUCAAAGAAAUCCCAGAGGGUUCUCUAAACAUUGAUAUCCGCUCAGCUUUCAAAAGAAGCACUGAUGGCCAAGACGAUGCAGGCGAGCUUGGAUUUAUUGGGUUUAUUGGGCUUAUGGAGCACAAGCAAGAGGAAGUUCCUGAGGUGGAUGUGUGGGAGAUUUUGAAAAAUGCCCGACCUGAUGAAUAUGAGAAGAUCGCUUUUACGUAUGGCAUCACCGAUCUCAGAGGCCUGCUGAAAAGACUGAAGAAAACCAAAAAGGAAGAGAAAAAGAGUGAAGGUGCUGAUUUAAACUCUACUGGAUGUUUACUUUGCUUGAUAAAUGUGCUGUAUUCAGUUCACAUACCUAUUCUAAUAAAGAAACUUUUCUACAUCUUUGAUGGCCUGAGGGGUGAGUAUAUUAUCAGGUUUUUGAGACUGGAACCUGCAUAUCAGGUGGACAAAGGCGGAAAGAUCCGGUUAGUUGUGGACCUUGCUGACCCGACUGUGGAGUUAAAAUGGUACAAGAAUGGACAAGAGAUCCGCCCUACUCCAAAGUUUAUCUUUGAGCACAAAGGCACUCAACGGAUAAUGGUUAUUAACAACUGCCAGAUAAACGAUGAUGCUGCCUACUCAGUCACUGCAGGAGAAGAGAAGUGCACCACUGAACUGUUUGUGAAAGAAUUGCCUGUGAACAUAGUGAAAAAGCUGGAGCCUGUAAAAACCACAGUGAAUGAGAGAAUUGAACUGGAGUGUGAGGUGUCUGAGGAAGGAGCCAAAGUUAGAUGGAUGAAGAAUGGGGUGGAGGUCCCCACAGGGGUGCGUUCACGGUACCGCGUGAAAUCCGAGGGGACUAAACAUUGGCUGAUCAUUGAAGAUGCCACAAAGGAUGACACUGGCACCUACUCCCUGAUGGCCACCGGGGGCACCACUGAAGCUCACGUUCAAGUUGACUUGAAGCCUUUGAAGAUUUUAAUGGAUCUACAGAAUGUGACAGUGUUGUUGGGGCAACCUCUUAAAUUAAACUGUGAGAUUUACCCUGGAAACAUCCCGGGCCGCUGGUACAAGAACGGCCAGCUGGUCCAGCCUAGCGAACACAUCAGCAUUAUGCACAGAGCCAAGAAUCACAACCUUGACAUUGAGAGCACCACUAUUCAUGAUGCCGGUGAUUAUACCUUUGUUCCUGAGGGAUACACGCAGACGCUGUCUGCCAAAGUGCACAUCAUAGAUCCACCCAGGGUGCAUUUAGAGGCACUGAAUGCCCAGGAUAACACGGUGACCAUUGUGGCUGGAAACAAACUCCGGCUGGAGAUCCCUAUUAGUGGAGAACCAGCACCCAGAGUCGUGUGGAUGAAGGGAGAACGGGUCAUCCUUGAUUCAGGAAGUCGGAUGCGUGCAGAGACAUUUGCAGACCACACCUGCCUCACUAUUGAUAUCGCAGAAAGAGAAGAUACCGGAAACUACAAGAUCGUCCUUCAGAACGAAGCUGGAGAGGACACAGCUAGUGUAAAAAUCAAAGUUGUAGAUAUCCCAGAUGCCCCUGAGGCUGCUCUGGUUACUGAUGUGGGUGGAGAUUGGUGCACUAUGACAUGGGAGCCGCCACGCUAUGAUGGUGGUUCCCCCAUCCUUGGAUAUUUCAUUGAGCGAAAGAAGAAACAGAGCUCUCGCUGGAUGAGGCUGAACUUCGACCUUUGCAAAGAGACCACCUUUGAGCCCAAAAAGAUGAUUGAAGGUGUGCCAUAUGAGGUGCGGGUCUUUGCGGUUAACGCUAUCGGCGUCUCCAAACCCAGUGAGCCCUCCAAACCUUUCAUUCCCCUGGCUGUGACCAGUGAACCAACAGUGCUGGUGGUGGAUGACGUCACAGAUACCACAGUGACCAUGAAGUGGAGACCCCCAGACACCAUCGGUGCCGCUGGACUUGAUGGCUACCAAGUUGAAUACUGCCUUGAAGGAACUGACGAAUGGAUACUUGCUAAUAAAGAGCUGACGGAAAAAACAAGGUACACUAUAACCGGUCUGCCAGUGGAGGCCAAGAUCUUAGUGCGUGUCAAGGCCAUAAAUGCUGCUGGGGCCAGUGCACCACGAACAAUUCAACACUCCAUCCUGGUCAAAGAGGUUAUCGAGCCUCCUAAGAUUCGCAUACCUCGACACUUAAAGCAGACAUACAUUCGAAAGGUUGGCGAAGUCGUCAACCUCGUCGUGCCAUUUGUGGGUAAACCGAGGCCAAAAGUCAACUGGUUGAAAGAGGGCCAGCCGAUUGACAAAACGGUCAGCAUUCGCAACUCAGAUUGUGACAGCAUCAUGUUCAUCCGCAAGGCUGAGCGCAAGCAUUCUGGGAAAUAUGAACUGAGCGUACAAGUGGAGAAUCAUAUCGACACGGCCAUGCUGGACAUCCAGAUAGUCGAUCUUCCAGGCCCACCACAGGCUGUAAAGAUCGAAGAGGUCUGGGGGAAUAAUGUAGCACUGGACUGGAGCCCUCCCAAAGACAACGGCAAUGCACCCAUAAUAGGCUACACCAUCCAGAAAGCUGAUAAAAAGACAAUGGAGUGGUACACAUGUAUAGAGCACUACCAUCGUACCUGCAUUACAGUCUCAGAUCUGGUGGUGGGUAACGAAUAUUACUUCAGGAUCUACUCAGAGAACAUGGUGGGCUUAAGUGAAAGCGCCACCGUCACUAAAAACAGUGCUCUGAUCAUGAAAGAAGGCAUGCAACUGAAAAUCCCAGAGUAUAAUGACCGUGACUUCACCGAGCCGCCCACUUUCACUCAGCCACUUAUCAACACCUUUGCCGUCGCUGGGUACAACGCCACCCUGAACUGUAGCGUGCGUGCCAAUCCUCGGCCUAAGGUACUCUGGAUGAAAAACAAGAUUACCAUCAUAGAUGACCCACGUUACCGCAUGUUCAGCAACCAGGGUGUGUGUACGCUUGAGAUCCGCAAGCCCAGCCCGUUUGACGGGGGUGUUUACACCUGCAAGGCUGUCAAUGACCUUGGAGAGGCUCAUGUGGACUGCAAACUAGAAGUCAAAGGAGGUUUUACAUUCUUUGAGCUGAUGAAGCGAGGCGUUCCCUUACACCUCAUUGAUAAAUACAUGAACGAGUCUAAGACCUCUGAGAAGUCAGAGUCAGAGAAGAAGGGAUCCAACUGAGGACUGACUCACCCAAUGAUUACCCAGAAAUCCCUGUAACUACUACAAAUAAUGGCCCAUGUGUCUAAACUUUGUCAUGGUAUGGUGUGUUCCGACAUGGAUCUAUAGUUAUAGCAACCUCUGCGUCUGUCACGGUGCGAUCAUGUAAAACUGUGUUUUAAGAAAUGCCACUGAAACUCAAAAGCAUGACUUCAGUGAACUGGAUUGUAGCUUCAAAAUAUAUCACAAAUAGAUAUUUUAUUGUGGAAAAUCUAGAGCAGUCAGUUACAGAUAUUGUAAUGUGGUUCAUUUACGUUUUUCUGGGUUUGGGAGACAAGGUUGGUCCUAAAUGAGCUCAAGUCUGGUUUUUGCUGUUUCUGUCUUUAAUUUCUUUUCUUGUUUGAGUUUCCCUCUUAGUUUUCCAACCCCUUUCCUUUAUUCUCUAAAGAAUGUACUGAAAUCCACUUAGAUGUGCAAUAUCAAUACUGUGCAACUAUAAGACGAGAUCUGAAUGUUACAGAAAACGUCAUGUUUGUCUGAGGAUACUUGUAGUACAUGCCAAUGUUAAUUUUAGCAUGACAGUUAAAUAAAUGUCCCUGUAUGAAAAGCAA